AUGCCUAGAAUCCCAGCCAGAGCUCUAUGCGGCGCUGUGGGCCUCCAUGUUCCCAAGCCUCAUCACCGGGCGAUCUCAGGCGCUCAACCAGCCGGGAAGAAAGAAGGCGAUAUCUCAUCAGUAUUUAUAUCCUUGUCCGGCGGAGCCCAGAAGCCUCUACCAGAGCGCUUUCGGUAUCUAAAGUCCUCACUUGUUUCUGGAAAGGAAGACCAGGUCGUGGCGAGUUGGAAUAGACUACUCAAAGGAUUGGCAUCCGAAAACGAGUCUAUUGCGGCUCGAAAAUCCUCCAUCAUCCCUUCAAUCGAGUUUAGCAAUCUUGAAAGCGAGAUUGAGAGACUGAAGCCAGAGAUACAACGGCGCGGCGCGGCCGUUAUCCGUGGAGUUAUCCCUGAGGCCGAGGCGCGAGCGUAUAAGUUUGAGGUUGAAAGAUAUCUGAAGGCUCGCGCACACCCAAACCUACUGGCCACGCAACGGGCGCUCAUGCAGGCACUGUGGCAUAGCUCUCGUCCAGAUACACCCAUCUCUUUGUCGCAACCCCUCUCAUAUGCAGACCGUCUCCGCAUCCGACAACCCGGGGACGCCACCUUUGCCCUCGGACCCCACGUUGAUGGGGGCAGCGUGGAGAGGUGGGAACGGAACGGCUACGGAGUUGACGGUAUAUACGACCACAUAUUCGAAGGCGAGUGGGAGCGGUAUGAUCCUUGGGAUGCCGCACCCAGAGUGGCAGUUGUCAGCGACUUGUACAACGGCGCUGGGGCUUGUUCCAUGUUCCGCAUGUUCCAGGGUUGGCUGAGUAUGAGCGUAUGUGGGCCAGAACAGGGGACAUUGCUCGUUUAUCCCGCCCUUAAGAUGGCCACGGCGUACAUGCUCCUUCGACCGUUUUUCCGUCCCAUUAGGAAGGCAGAGGAAACCAACUCUGGAAGAUUCUUGGCCGAAGAGAAUUGGGCGUUCACUGGUGGAGAAGAGACGACUAGUGAGCUUCAUGGCGCAACUCCCGGCCAUGCCCAAGAGCUUAAUGACGCACUUCAUCCUCACUUGGAGCUUUCGAAAACUAUGGUUCACAUGCCCGAGGUGAGGCCCGGUGACUUCGUCAUCUGGCAUUGCGAUGACUACAAAAUGGAUCCCGUUUAA